AGACACCUCGGCUCGAGCCACUUCGGCCCAGGCCGCCAAGCGUCGGAGUGCGCCUCGCGGGCCCGCCCUGCGAGGACGCCUCGCGGCCCUGCGGCGGGAACGAUCAGGGCCAGCCAGGGCGUGCGGGACCCCGGCUCGGUCGGCAGCGCGCGGCAGCCGGCGUGGCGCCCCGACGAGCCCCUCGAGUGUCCAGGCACGCCUCCCCACAGCGGCGACGAGGCGGAGCGGCCAGAGCCUCGAGCGCGGCGGGCCGAGGUCGGGCGCGGCGCCCAGGCGCUGGCAGCCCGGGCGGCAGCGGCGAGCGCCGCCGAGGUCGUCGCCGCGCAGGCGCUGGAGGGCAGCAGCGCCUGCGAGGCAGAGUGGCCAGAGGGUCCGGCACGGCUGGUCGAAGUCGGGCUGGACGCCCAGGCGUUGGCAGAUUGGGCGGCCUCGGCGAGCACCGCCGAGAUCGUCGCCGCGCAGGCGGUGGAGGGAAGCUCUUGCGAGGCGCUCUGGCCGGCGCGGCCGAGCGAGGUCGGGCGGGACGCCCAGGCGCUGGCAGACCCGGCGGCGGCGUCCAGCACCGCCGAGAUCGCCGCGGCGCAGGCGCUGGAGCGCAGCGCCUGCGAGGCGCUCUGGCUGGCGCGGCCGAGCGAGGUCGAGCGGGGCUCCCAGGCGCUGGCAGACUCAGCGGCAACGGCAAGCACCGCCGAAAUCGUCGCGGCGCAGGCGCUGGAGGGCAGCGCCCGCGAGGCGGAGUGGCCGGCACGGCCGAGCGAGGUCGGGCGGGGCGCCCAGGCGCUGGCAGGCCCAGCAGCAGCGUCCAGCACCGCCGAGAUCGCCGCGGCGCAGGCACUGGAGGGCAGCGCCCGCGAGGCGGAGUGGCUGGCGCGGCAGGGUGAGGUCGGGCUGGGCGCCGACUGGGCGGCCCAGCCGCCUGCCGAAGCCGAGCGGGACGCCCAGGCGCUGGCAGACCCGGCGGCGGCGUCCAGCACCGCCGAGAUUGCCGCGGCGCGGGCACUGGAGCGCAGCGCCUGCGAGGCGGAGUGGCCGGCACGGCCGAGCGAGGUCGGGCAGGGCGCCGACUGGGCGGCCCAGCCGCCUGCCGAAGCCGAGCAGGGCGCCCAGGCAUUGACAGACCCCCCGGCGGCGGCGUCCAGCACCGCCGAGAUCGCCGCGGCGCGGGCACUGGAGGGCAGCGCCCGCGAGGCGGAGUGGCCGGCACGGCCGAGCGAGGUCGGGCAGGGCGCCCAGGCAUUGACAGACCCCCCGGCGGCGGCGUCCAGCACCGCCGAGAUCGCCGCGGCGCGGGCACUGAAGGGCAGCGCCCGCGAGGCGGAGUGGCCGGCACGGCCGAGCGAGGUCGGGCAGGGCGCCCAGGCAUUGACAGACCCCCCGGCGGCGGCGUCCAGCACCGCCGAGAUCGCCGCGGCGCGGGCACUGGAGGGCAGCGCCCGCGAGGCGGAGUGGCCGGCAGGGUCGAGCGAGGUCGGGCAGGGCGCCCAGGCAUUGACAGACCCCCCGGCGGCGGCGUCCAGCACCGCCGAGAUCGCCGCGGCGCGGGCACUGGAGGGCAGCGCCCGCGAGGCGGAGUGGCCGGCACGGCCGAGCGAGGUCGGGCAGGGCGCCCAGGCAUUGACAGACCCCCCGGCGGCGGCGUCCAGCACCGCCGAGAUCGCCGCGGCGCGGGCACUGGAGGGCAGCGCCCGCGAGGCGGAGUGGCCGGCGCGGCCGAGCGAGGUCGGGCGGGUCGCCGGCUGGGCCGAUGAGCAGCGCGAGGCUCGUCGAGCGGCGAGCGCCGCCGAGGUCGCGGCGACACAGGCCGCUGCGGCGAGGGUCCACGCCCACCUGGCGGCGGUAGGGGACGCAAUCGCCCAGGUGUCGGAGCCAAGUUGGGCGGUGGAGGAGUCCGAAGCUCUCGAUCCUCGUGGCUUCAGCUGUCUUGCGGUGGGCAGCGCCGUUGCGCCUGUGGAGCGGCGCGUCGAGGUCACGAGCAUGGCAGACAGCCCUGCCUGCGGGGUGCUCUGGACGGACAGAUGGCCAGGUGCCAGUGCGAUGCUGACGGAGGAUCAAGACCUCCGCGGCCUCUUCAACCCAAUGAUCCCGCAGCUCUCCCAGGAUAACGCGCUGUUGCGCGAGCAACUCAACGAUGCGCAUGUCAGAUUGCAGCGGCUUGAGGAAGAGAAGAGCCAGCGGCCGGACGAGCGCGCGUUCGAUCUUGCAAACACGGUGUGCCAGUCGUCGGUCGUGGUUUUGCAGAGCUAUGAUCGGCGAGCAGAAUUGCCAGAAUUACCCAAGUGUCCGUCCCCUUUGGUUCCAGAUCUUUCGCCCGUUUCCGCCAUGGUGGAGCAGGAGCUGGAAGUGGAGCGGCCGGCACGCCAGGCUGGGGUCGAGCGGGAUGCCGCAGCGCCGGCAGACCAGGCGGCCGAGCAGCGCGAGGCCUUUCGAGCGGCGAGCGCCGCUGCCAGGCAGCCCGAGACUCUGGGAGCGGCGAGCUGGCCAGCUGGCAGCGCCUGCGAGGCGGAGUGGGCGGCGCGGCUGGCCGAGGUCGGGCGGAGCGCCGUGGCGCUGGCAGACAGAGCCGCCGAGCAGCUCGAGGCCCUUCGGUCGGCGAGCGCCGCUGGGGCCGUCGCGGCCCAGGCCGGUGCGGCGAGCCCCCCGUGCAGGCGGUCGCCGCGCAGCGCCUGCGCAGCGGAGUGGCCGGAGGGGCCCGCCCGGCCGUCCGAGGUCGGGCGGGGCGCUGUCCGGGCGGCCGAGCACCACGAAGCCGCGGGUGCGGCGAGCACCGCCGGGGCCCUCGGGGCGCAGCCCGAGGCGCCGAGGUCCUUCUGCGGGCGGCCGCCCGGCAGCCCCCUCCACAGGCGGCCGCCCGGCAGCGCCUGCGAGGCGGAGUGGCCUGAGCGGCCGCCGCGGCCCGCCGAGGCCGAGCGGGGCGCC